CGGCCGCGCCAGGGUUCCUCCGGCGCCAGCCCCCGCGCGCCCUGCGCCUCCAGCCCGCCAGCCUCGCCUUCCAGCCUGCCAGGCCUUUCGCGAACAUGGCGCUUAUCCCGUGCCAGGUGCUGAGGGUGGCGAUCCUGCUGUCCUACUGCUCUAUCCUGUGCAACUACAAGGCCAUCGAAAUGCCCUCGCAUCAGACCUACGGCGGGAGCUGGAAAUUCCUGACGUUCAUUGAUCUGGUCAUCCAGGCUGUCUUUUUUGGCAUUUGCGUGCUGACUGAUCUUUCCAGUCUCCUGACUAGAGGAAGUGGGAACCAAGAACAAGAAAGGCAGCUCAAGAAGCUCAUCUCGCUCCGGGACUGGAUGUUAGCCGUAUUGGCCUUUCCUGUUGGGAUUUUCGUGGUAGCGGUAUUCUGGAUCAUUUAUGCCUAUGACAGAGAGAUGAUUUACCCGAAGUUGCUGGAUAAUUUUAUCCCAGGGUGGCUGAAUCAUGGAAUGAAACAAGCGAUGGAACAAGACUCUGAACAGUGUGGGGAGUCCAAGUUGAAAGCAAAGGUGAAGGAUUAUCCUGAGAAUGGUGAAGAAACAUGUCUGCCGUGGAGAUAAGAACAAAGAGAAAGGGUUCCAGAGAGGGAGACAGACUUUGAAAUGAAAGCAAGAGAAAGUGGAAGGAGUUAUUUUCAGAGAGUUCAAGUAAUCCAAGGCUAUCUAGUGGAAGGGGAGUUUCGUGUAAUGGAAACGAGGCUAGCCAGCCCCUGUCCAUAUAUUUUACCCCUGGGUUGUUUCCGCAUUCUGAUAAUGUAUCUUCACUGGUGUCACCAGAGGCAUGCCUCACACAGACUUUAGUCUGAAGUCACUGCAAGGUUUUUGGCUCAUAUUUUCAGUGCUUUUCAUGGACCCCAUGAAGCAGUAUACGAGUGUAUUGCAGGGCUACAGGGCAAGUAAAUUGGUCUCCCUGGAAAAUGAGCCCAUCUGUGGCUUUGUUCCCAGUCCACACUAAAAGGAUUGAGCAGACCAGCCAUGCACCGAGGCUUGAGUAGCAAAACGUGAAAUCCGCUUUCUACAAAUUAUCCAGAUAAUCUCUUCCAAGCCUCUUCUGGAUAAAGACACAGAGCCACAUGAGGGUGACAUUCUGGCAGGUGUUCAAAGCUGUAGUGCUUGUGGCUUGGCUCCUGUUGUAUGCAGGGAGCUGUUGGGUUGGGUUGAUCAGUGCAGGUCUGCUGUAUGUAUCCUUUUGAUAAGUAUCUUUAGAAGCUUGCUAAUUAAUUUUAAAGGAAUGUUUCUCUUUGGCAUCAUGUCCCAUUCUUUUCGUAUUAUAUAUUCCGGUGAUAAAUGAUGGAUGCAUAAAUACCUUACUUUGCUCAAUCAGUGUAUUCUGUUGUUGAUGUAAAGUGUACAAAUUGGAUUUAUUUCAGGAUGGCUGAAUUUGGAAUGUGACGUUUUGCCAAGUCAGACUCUCACUUGCCCAGACAACACACAUGUGGAUUUUGCAGUUGUUUUCUUUUUAAAAUAGUAUAUGUCUGUGGUGCCAUUGAUUAAUGUAAUGUUGCAUUAAUGUGCUGUUAUAACACCCCAGGGCAUGCAUGCGUUCUUUCAGCCAGCAGCAAAGAAUUCCCCAAACUAAAGUUUUUAAUAAACUACAGAUUCCAGGGUGAAAAAAAAAAAGCAUCGACCAUGAGAAUUUAUGGAUAGCAAGAGUACAUGAGAAAUCAACAUUUGAUAAACUUGCCAAUGGAAAUACACUGUAAUCGUUCUCUUAUUUCAUUCCUCUAAACCAUUAGUCAUUGUCUAUAUCUAUUCAUUUAUUGAAACUUUUCAAUGACCCAGAUAUCUGACUGUGUUUUUCUGCAACCUCUCCUUUUACUUUUAAGUUUCUGCUGGCUCCAGUGUUUAUAUAGUAUGUUGUCAGAUCCAAACUUCAGUGCAAGCUGACAUUGCCCCAUGUGUGACAUAGCUCAGGCUGCAAAAAUUAAAAUGGAAUUCUUCACCGUCCAUUGUAAAUAGUGAGCAGGCAACUUUUCUUCAAUGCAGUGCUGAUGUGACUCUAGCAUGGGGUCAUUCUGGACCUAUUUCAAGUAACAACUAAUUUUUUUUUUCUUUCUCAAGGUAGUUUUCAGUCUUUAACCAUCAUAUUUUCCCUAUUACAAAAAUUUGGAAUCAUAUUUUGCUCAAUCAAUUAACUGGUGUAAAAUUAAAUGGAAUAAAAACAUUCCUGAUAGAAUAUAUUCAACAUUGGAAGAGAAGAUGCUACUGUAGCCUGCUACCAGAGGGCAUGACUCCCCUUCUCCUCUUCUUCAAUUUCCAUGGGUAUUGUUGUUAUCAAAUACCUAUUUGAUAAGAGAAACACAGGCAAGUUUUUUUGUUUUUUGGUUUUUGGUUUUUUUGCUUUUUUAGUGUAAACUUACUGUAGCUUUACAGUGGAUUUAAAAUAUGGAAAGCAGGAUUUCUCCUUAUAACAAGAAAGCAAAAGAUAUUAAAAACAAAACAAACACAGUGCUCCUUAAUGGAAAGAAAAUUUUUUUGUAACCAAGUUUUAUGAAUCAACAUUUGGAUAUAAAUAAUUUACAACUAUAAUCAAAAGAUCAUUAAGUUUGAGCAUGCAGAAAACGAUGUCAUGGUCUUUGCUAAUAGUGCUAACAGAGGCCAAUUUAAAUGAGCUAGACCACUGAUCCUAAUAAUAUGCCUUCAAAUCUAACUGGUGUUGAUGUUCACAGUUGAGAUAAAGAAGAAGGUAUUUCUUCUUAUAUUUCAAAAAUUUUAGAUCUGGACAUUAUUUUUCAUGGAUUCUGUAAAAUAAAUAAAUAUCAAUUAAGAUUAGCAGUUAAAAUAGGGGAUAGUAUGUCUGCAGUGGGUGGUUUUCUGUGCUUAAAAACUGUAUGCCAGGGGACAUAGGUUCAUGAUGUCCUAAGUAAUGCAAACUUAGGAGACUUUAGGGUGAACAUCCCCUGCCCCAUAAAAGUAAUGCAAAGGGCAUGUGGAGGAACAAGUUGAGGAAGCUGUCUCUCCCUUCCACGUAUCAUUCUCUUUUGUAAAUGCAGAUUUUUUUUCUCUUUUGACCAAGUUGUAACGACCUAAGACUUAGAUUCCAUCCCAUGACUGUCCUUUCCCUAAAACUGCCAGAUAGCAUACCUCCCAUGUCCCAAUUAUACAGUCCUCUUGUGUUUUUCUGGUGUUUGUAUUCCCAUAGUUGCAAAUAAAAAGUAUAUUUUUAGUUUUAGAAUUUUCCUUUCCAUUAAAAAAAAAAAAUCCCUGAAGAUUUGUGGCACCACUGUUAUUUCUGUUAAUGUCAUUGCUUCCAUAGCAGCAAGCUAAGACUUUGUAAGAAACUAUGUUUACAAAAAGAGCAAUUAUCUAAGUGAACAUUAUAGCUCCAUGUAGCAAAGUUUCAAUUUAGAUUUCCUGUAACCAUUACAACACACACACACACACACACACACACACACACACACACCCCUUCUAAUCUGUGUUAGCACUAGGUGUUAUACACAACUGAUAAAUUAUUGAACAUUACAUCUGAAACUAAUGAUGUAUUAUAUGAUGGUUAAUUGAAUUUAAAUUUAAAAAAAGAAAGAAAGAAAAAAAAAAAAACAACAGCAGCACUGUGUAAUCAACUAUGGAGCUGUCCAUAGAGCUGAAGUGUGACCCUUUCUUUGUGCUUCUUUCUAUAGCAGAAUGAAAGCUCAGACAGCUCACCUUCUAAGCCAUAGAAGGUGGGUUCUUCCCUGUUCUCAAUUCCAAAAGGGAGUACAAUAUAAAAUAAAUGAGACUGGUACUGAUAUUUAAUCCUUAGGGUGGGUUCAAGGAAAAAAGAGAGAGGAAACAAAAUAAAUUUCCAGUUUUUCACAGCUCGUUUUGUGAAGCAUAGACGUAAGAUUUUUAUUUUGCCCAGACUUUUCCCUCUUAGAAUUUCAGUUGGUCAAGGCAUGUCUUUAAUUUAGGAUAUUUCAGGUUUGCUUUACCAUAUAGGUCAGAGAUUUCAGUGGCCAUUCUACAAAGAAAUAAAAAUGUCUGUGUGAAUGGUAAUUUCUGAUUAGAUCUCACUCCGUAUAAAGUGCGAUGAGAUUGACAUCUGGAGAAGCAUGCUAAGGAAUGCGCGGCCGGGUUUUUAUCUUCAUGUGGGUAGGGUUGGCCUUCUCAAGUAUUCAAACGUGGUUUGGCAUUAGCCAUUUUCUCUGAAAAUCUAAUUCCCAAACCUUUCUGGUGGACAUGGCCCAUGUUCUGUUGUGCAGGUAAAAGCUAGCUAGGAAAUAAAAUUAAUAUUUUUCUGCAGCAUAUUCAAGCAACAUCCUUUAUUAAGAUAAUCAAAUUCAGCAACUUUGGCCACAGAACUUUGUAGCCAUUGUGCAGAAAUGCAAGCAAAAUAAGAGCAAUGGGCCACUUCCUCCCUUCCUGCUGCGUGGAGAACACAGCCUUGAACCCAGAGUGAAAUUGAUGGGCUACAAACAAAAGAAGCAAAGUGACACAUAAGUAGCCAACCGUGUUAUAUAAUCCGGGGGGCAGAAAGGGUCAGUGAUGCAAGGUCUUGUUAGACUGUCAAGGCAUAAUUCUUAGGAGAAUCUUGAGGAAGCGAAGGCUGUAAUUUAGUGAGGAGAAAGAACAACGGGCUUGAGAUGCAUCCAGCAAACUAGCAGCAUCAUAAAAUCGAACAACACUGCAGAAAUUAAAAAUUAAACUCACCAUAUUCAUACUGCAUAAAAGCAACCCCAUAAAACUCUCUAACGUCACAUUCACCAACCAGAAGCCUUUCUCAACCAUUUCUGAUAUUUCCCCCAGCUAUUCUAAAAUUCAGUUUCCUUAUCCUAGGAUCCUUAAAAAAUCCUCCAUUUUAUAAUUCAGGAAAAUUGCCACAGCCAACAGAAAUCAAGGUGGUGGAGCCCUCCGCAAGCCACAGGCAGAGUGGCAGAGGUGCUGCUAAGAGGAGGGGAGGAAAGAUCACCAUCGAGGUCUUGCACUAGUGAUCUGGUGGGGGGCCAGCCCCAGAGGCGAAGCUCGUGAAAUGCAGAGGGAGCUUUUCCUCCAGAGCUUCACGUGGCAUGGGCCCUCAGCCUCUCCCUGCAUUGGGAUAACUUUGUGUUUACCUGGAAGGUUGGCUGAAACCACUCGACCCCUCACUGAUUUUCCAGUAAAGGAAGCACAGCUCUCACUGUGACAAUUUAACAAGAAGCAAAUGUUACAGUUCUGAUCUACUUCCUAAGUAUUGAAUUGAUUAAACAUCUAUUCUAUGAAGAUAGCGAACAAGAUACUAAAAUUAUGGUCCCUCUUACAUCACUGUGGUAGGCAGACGGACGGCUCCCAGAGAAGUCCAUGCCCUAAUUCCUGAAACGUAUGAAUAUGUUAUGUUACACAGUGGAGGGGCGUAGUUAAGAUUGUAGCUGGAAUGCACAUCAAGAAUAAGCUGGCCUUAAGGUAAGGAGAUUAUCCAGGUGUAUCCAUGUGGACCCAGUGUGAUCACAAGGUCGUUUAAGUGUGGAAGAGGGAGGCAGAAGGGUCAAUGUCAGAGUGAUGAGAUGGAAGAGAGACUCAACAGGCCAUUGCUGACUCUGAAGACAGAAGAAAGGACCACUAGCCAAGGAAUAUGGCCUCCUCUAGAUGCUGGAAAAGGCAAGAAAAUGGAUUCUUCUUUAGAGCACUCAGGACUGUAGCCCAGUGAGAGCCAUGUCAGACCUCUGACCUCCAGAAACUAUAACAAAGGUUUUGUGUUGUCUUAAGUCACCAAGUUUGUGGCAGUUUGUUGUCGUGGCCGUAGAAAACCACUGUAACCGUGUGUUGAUCUCCUUCAUAUCACGUCAGAAAUUACCUUGUUCUUUAGCUUCUUUAUGUUCUUACGCUCUCCCUUUGCACCCAGGAGGGCAGGACCCUGCCUGUGUGUUCACUCCUCAUUCUGGGAGCUGAGAACAGAGUUUGCAAUACAUGUGUGCUCAGUAAGUGCUUCCUGAGUGCAAAGUGAAUAAUUGUGUGCAUGAAUGAGUGAUUAGAAAUCAAGCUUCUUUCUGGAGCUUCUGCAAGAUAUAUACAUAGGAAAUCACCACGAGACAAUGAAGGAUAGUAAAGGAUCAGGGACCCACAGAGAGAGUGGAUCUAAAGAGCACAGUAAAGUUUCAGAAAACACCAAUUACAGGACAAUUAAGAUUUAAACCCUCUGUGUGCUUUAAAAACCCCAUAAUACAGAAGAAUGUAAGACUGCAGAAAGAAGUAACUUUUAUACAGUAAGAAGACCAGUGGUGUUCAACCACAGAAAACUAAGUUCCUUUUUUAGAUUGACUUACUAUAGUGCUGUAAAUCAGUUUUUAUCAGGAGACAGUAAAAAAUGGAAUUAACCUAUAACAAUAAAUAUAGUGAGAAAACUGGACCUAGCAGAGAAACUGAGUAGAACGUUUGUUGUGAAGUAAAAUCAAUAUGGCGACAAUGUCUAUCCUGCUAAGGCUUCCACUGCUUUGCCUGUAAAUAUUAACAAAUGGCUUCCACAUUUGUUACAUCACAAAGAAGAAAAAUAAUUACAUUUAGAAACUCCCGCAAAGUUAAAUCUGGGUGUUUUAUGUGUUUCCCUUUGUUGUUCAUUUUCUGCAUUGCUGGUGUGCCGGCAGAGGUUUCACCCUAUCUUUGUUUGCUUUUUGGUGCUUCACUCACCAUCAAAUAUUCAUUAAGCACUUCGCACAUAUUAACUUAUUUAAUUCUACCUAUGAGGCAGGUGCCACGUAUCCCCAUUUUUAUAGAUGAGGAAACCAAGUCUUUGCAAAAGUUAAGUGACUCGCCCGAGGUUGCACCGUGAGUUAGUGGUGGAGUGCUGAUUUAAGCUCAGGCAGUUUGACGCCAGCGUCCACUCUCUUAGCUGACCCUCUCCCCCCUCCAUACACCAGACCCUGGGCUGGGUCCUGGAAUAGACGCGAUGUUCAAUAGACCCAGUCCCUCUUGAGGCUUACUCUCUGGUAGGAGAGGCAUAUCACAGAUAAGAAUGGCACAAAUAUCUAUGGUGACUGGUGCCAGGAAGGAGACACAGAGCACAGGAUUCUGAGAAAGUGAAUAAAUACCGGGGUGGACUAACCCAAUUCGGGGAGCAGCAGAAGCCAGCCACGUUACAGGUCUCCUCCUUACAUUCUGUGCCAAGAGCAAAAGAAUAUUUACAUGUGCAAAUGUCUGCAUAAGUGCCUCAUAUGCAAACAUUAGCUGAGGGGAGGUUGAUGAGAUGUCAUCUGAAUGAUUUUGUUUUAUUCCAACAAUAAGUUAAUUUCUACGUUUUUUCCUUUCUUAUAUUGUGACACCUACUCUGAAUGUCCUUUGUCUAGCCCAGCAUCUCUCAGCCUCAGCAGUAUUGAAUAUUUGGGCCAGAUAAUUCUUUGUUGUGGGGAAGGGGUUGCAUUGUAAGAUGUUUACCAACACGGCGGGCCUCCUCUCACUUACCAAUAACCCUUCCCUGCCCCAAAGUGUGACAGUCAAAAAUGCCUCCAGACAUUGCUAGCUGUACCCUGGAGAGCAAAAUCGGCCUGGGUUGAGAAGCAGUAGUAAGCCACCAAUAAUUCAAAUUCCCCUUCUCCUUGAAGACCAAGGACUUUGCCUAAUGCUUCCAACCCAUUCUUGUCUCCAUCUUUUCUUCUGAGUGACACUGCAAUCUUUGGAGCUCAGCCGUUAUAUUUCUUAAAGUCACACACACACACACACACACACACACACACACACACACACACACACUCCUCUAAGGCCAGCUGCCUCAGGAGGGGAAGGAGUUUGUACAGGAAGGAAGGAGGAAGAUGAUCAGCCCUCAGCUCCCCUUUGCCCUGCACGAAGUUUGAUUUGGGUUUUGGGUCUCACUGUGCCCACAAGGUAGAAAAGAAAGGUCAGGGUAGAAAGAACCAUCUACAGCUCUAGACUGGUCAAGAACAUGGAUAUGAGCAGGGCCUAAGGCAAUUCUGAAAGGUGGCAGUUUGCAGCAAAGUACCAACAGAUUAUGACUUCUGAUCUGCUGGGGAAAAUGUCUCGUUACUCUAUAGUGACCCCUCUUCAGGCCUUAGGACUGAGAAAUAAAAUGUAAACCUGGGACCAUAUGGUGCUGCGCUCUUGAGGAGAAAAGUUGAGAUAUAUGAGUGUGGAAGAGCUUUGAGUAGGUACGCCUGAGACAGGAGGGUCCCUUGAGUUUAACUCCCAUUCGGACCAAAACUUAGAAGCACCCGACGGUGAGGUGCCAGCGUGGAGAACAGUCAGACAAUAGAAAUUAAAGUGAAUUUUAAAGGCCUGGCUGCCCAGCAUACAUCUGUUCUCAGAAGACAGCAGCUCAGCAACACAGAAAGACUUUCUGCUUUGAAACCAAGAAAGGCAGACUUACUCUGUAAAGCCUAUGCUUUGCGUGGGAUGUGAUGGAGAGGAAGGAAUGGAAGCACGAAGCAGCCAUCUCUGGAUCAACUUCUUAAAAAGCAUCGUGAUCCCAAGUCUUAACAAAUGUCAAAAUGGAGCCUUAAAUAGCCCCCCUGGAUUCUACACCCUGAAGCUGUUCCUAGAGCUUUUGCUUUUUUGCAGUAAAAUUACAACAGAGGUAGAUUUUUUUUAAAUGUGUUAAAUAUUCUAUCACAGUCCCAUCUUAAAUAUAAUUGUGUAUCUUUGGUUAUAUUAUUGGUCCAUUUUAUUAAUUAAUCUACAAACAGUUGUGGUGGGCUAUUAAAUGCCGGUUAGUGUGCCUGGAGAUAUAAGAUAAAUACCUAUCGUGUUGCUGACUUCAAGAGUCUAACUGUCUAGUGGAGAAAAAGACGAGGAAACUAUCACAGUGCAGGCUUUUAAGUGUUUCGACAGAGCAUAGGAUAGCAUAAUAAAUGAGGGGCAGCUUCUAACUUGAACAUGGAGGUCAUGGGAAGAGAGCAGGUAUCUGGAAAGUUCUUUCUGAGAAGACAAAAAUCUGUAAGAGCAAUUAAAAAAUAAAAAUAUUACUUAAUUUAGUUGAUUUGAGACUUUAAACAAGUCUAUUUUGAGAAUUCUUAUUACUCCCCAUAUAAAUGAUGAAAGAUGGACCAUAAUCAAGUAGAAAGUUGGAAUCAUAGAGAAACAUAGAUCUUUCGUGAGUGUUUGAAUAAUUGCCACAGCACUGAACAAAAGAAUAAUAAAAUACAUGGUUGAUUUUUCCUAUUAGGAGUCUUUGCCAAAACCUAAUAAAAUACUCUUGAUAUCUUGCCUCAUAAAGUGACUGAAGGGAAAUGCCUCCGUGUUUUCCUACAUUUAAAGCCACUAAGAUAUGUUAUUGCCAAGAUAUGCAAAUAGUACUGCCUGGACUGGAUUAGGGGUGACAGGUUGAGUCUGGAAUGCUUGUUGCUCUCCACAUGCAGCUAAAAAGAGCACUGAACUUGGGAUCAGAAAACCUUAAUGCAAGCCCCACUCUGCCCCUUACUAGCUGUGAGAUGUUAGGCAGGCUACUUCACCUUUCUGAGCCUCAGGGACCUCCUGCAUAACAUGGGCCUUCACAGAAUGACCGAGAAGAUAAAAUGAAAUCUAGGUGAUUUUUAUCCAUUCUGCUGCUUAAGCAGCCAUUGGGUGAAUGGAUCUCUUACAACAAUACAAGAUCGUACUUUAACUUAAACAUAAUUGUAAAAUAUGUGACAAGGGGUAAAUGGAAGACUCCUGCUGUCUUCCUACCUCCCACUCUACCCCAAUCUGUUCUCACCAUGACCAGAAUAAUCUUUAUGAAACACAGAUUGAUCAUGCCCCUCUCCUAAGUGGUACCCCUCAGUGCCUCCUCUUCACUGUCCAGGGGAAACUCCAUGCCUUUUGUGCAAAGGUCCCUUCUGUUCUGGGGAUGAUCUGUGCCCACCUCUCUGGAUGAUCUCUUGUGCCCCCUGGCAUACCCUGUGUGUCCUCAGCCAGGCUAUAUGGGCCACUCUCUCUUCUCUUCAUGUCUUUGCACACGCUACUCCCUCAUAUUGGAAUGCCCUUGCUCCCAGUUCUUCACCCUGCAAAGUACCUCCAGCUAGCUCCUCAGCGUUCAGUGCAAGUUUUAAGACCUUCUUGUGUGUAUUCCAUAUGUGCUAGUGUGUACUUCGCCAGGAAACUUCUUUCCCUGGAAGGCCAUUGUCUGUGGGCUGCCUCUCUCCCUUGUUGACUCAGACUCCUUGACAGCAGGGCCUAGGGGUCAUUGCACUUUGUCUUUGCUUCCCGCUGUGCCCGGAACAGUGUAGGUCCUCAGUCGGUCUUGUAUGAGUGAAUGCAUCAGUCACUGUGAUGGACUGAUGUGCGUUCCCCCCAAAUUCCUAUAUUGAAAUCCUAACCCAAAAGCCUAUGAUAUAAGAGGUGAAACAUUUGGGGGAUGUGAUAAGGUUAUGAGAGUGGAUCCCCCAUGAAUGGGAUUAGUGCCCUUAUAAAAGAGACCCCAGAGAGCUCUCUCUCUUUCUACCACAUGAGGCCCCGUGAGAAAAAGCCUAGCUAUGAACCAGAAACUGGGUCCUCAACAGACACGUAAAUCUGUUGGCACCUUGGUCUUGGACUUCCAGACUCUAGAACUGUGAGAAGUAAGUGUCCGUUGUUUAAGCCUCCCAGUGCAUGAUAGUUUUGAUAUUUUUAUUACAGAAACCCAAAUGGGAGUGCCUGGGUGGCUCAGUCAGUUAAGCAUCUGACUUGGUUUCAUCUCAGGUCGUGAUCUCAUGGGUCAUGAGAUGGAGCCCA